GCCUUCCUCGAUGGUCGAUUCUCGAACUACGGUGUCGAGAAAGUGCGGUUAUGUUACGAUAACCAAACUCUUUUUCUCUCUCCCGAGUGUGUGUUUAUCGAAUAAUAAAAGUUGACGGAAAUCAAGAUGAAUAUCAUCGGUCGACAAUGUUUGAGAAUUUUGCAAAAUAACGUGAAGAGUCCAAAUUUGUCGCACGAUUUCGGCAGAGUGUUCAGUUUUAAGAGUGCCGUGUCGUUAAAGAAUUUGUACCCGGAAAGCAAGCAGAAGCUGUACACUCCGAGCUUUGUGCCGGAUCCCAAAUUGAAAUUCGAUGGCUUCAUACCCUUGGACAAGAUUAACAUCACGUACAGUGCCAGCAGUGGACCGGGAGGGCAAAAUGUCAAUCGUGUUAAUACCAAAGUCGAUCUCAGGCUGAAAUUGAGUACCGCUACCUGGUUAGCAGAAGACAUUAGAACGAAGUUAGCAGAACAGUAUAAGAACAAGAUAAACAAGGAUGGUUACUUAAUAAUCAAGUCAGACCUAACAAGAUCCCAACACUUGAACCUAGCUGAUGCUCUAGAAAAGCUAAGGGCAAUGAUAAGAUCUACUCUGGUGGAACCGCCAAAACCAUCACCCGAGUCAGAAGAGAGAAUAAGGAAAAACCUGCUGAAAGCAGCCAGGGAGAGACUACAUGAGAAAAGAGUUCGUUCACAAGUCAAGCAAAGCAGACGAGUCCCAACUGACAUUUAAAUCAAUCUAGUUUAAUUAAUUCACCUGUCUAAGUACUGUAUAGUAUAUAUAUAGAUACAUAAAAUACGGACAAAAAUAAAGAAA